AUGGAAGCAUGCCUCAUUUCAGCAAAGCAGCCCACUAUAGUGGGAUUCGAACCCAUCGCUCCACCAUCGAGCCAUAUUCUCUGUUUCGCCCAUCCGGCAAAAAGAAAUGGAAUCACGCCGCAACUCAGCAAAAACGCUGACGAGAGUGCGAUUCGAACCCACGCCCCCGAAGGGACCGGUGCCUUAAACCAGCGACUUGGACCGCUCGGCCAUCUCGCCGAGCUGCUCUGUCUUGCCCAUCCGUCAAAAUCCUGGCUCACCCAGGGAGAAGUCUCUGAAGACAACAUUUCAGCACGUCCUUCUGACUUUCUAGAAAUGGAGUCAUGCCUCAUUUUAGCAAAGCAGCCCACUAUAGUGGGAUUCGAACCCAUCGCCCCACCAUCGAGCCAUACUCUCUGUUUCGCCCAUCCGGCCAAAAGCAAAAACGCUGACGAGAGUGGGAUUCGAACCCACGCCCCCGAAGGGACUGGUGCCUUAAACCAGCGCCUUGGACCGCUCGGCCAUCUCGCCGUGCUGCUCUGUCUUGCCCAUCCGGAGAAGUCUCUGAAGCCAACAUUUCAGCAUGUCCUUCUGACUUUCUACAAAUGGCCUCACGCCGCAACUCAGCAAAACGCUGACGAGAGUGGGAUUCGAACCCACGCCCUCGAAGGGACUGGUGCCUUAAACCAGCGCCUUGGACCGUUCGGCCAUCUCGCCGUGCUGCACUGUCUUGCCCAUCCGAGGAAAACCUUUCUCAUCAAAAACGCUGACGAGAGUGGGAUUCGAACCCACGCCCUCGAAGGGACUGGUGCCUUAAACCAGCGACUUGGACCGCUCGGCCAUCUCGCCGUGCUGCUCUCUCUUGCCCAUCCGUCAAAAACUUGGCUC